AUGGGUUCAACCUCCCUUCGCCUCCCACCACCCAAUGCCUUUUUAGGAAAUCCUUUUCUUAUUACUGGCGCAACAUCUGGAUUGGGUUCUGCAACGGCAGUACAUUUCGUCAAUCUGGGUGCAAAAUCUGUGAUUAUCACUGGGAGAUCUUUUGCGAAAGGGGGACAAGCGAGGGCUAGUAUAGAAGCAGAAACGGGUACAAUAGGAAAAUGUAUUGUAAAAGUCAUGGAGUUGGACAUGAGCACUUUUGAAAGCGUAAAAGUAAUCGCAGACAAAGUAACGAAGGAUUUGAAGGAGAUUGACUUUGUUUGCUUGAAUGCUGGAACUAUUUCCACUGAACACAAAGUUGGCAAGGAAGGAUACGAAACGAUGAUCGAGAUCGGUGUUCUCGCCACUUCUUUCUUGGCACUGCUAUUCUUGCCUUGGAUGAGAGAAGUUGGAAGAGGAAAUUCCCAUUUGGGCAUCGUGGUCUUCAGAGGCAUUGACAUCUCCAACUGGCUAAAGAAAAAUGUGCUUGCAUACUGGAGCAUGAAAGAGAAUUGGAAAGGUGGGCAAGGUGGUUAUGCCCUGAGCAAACUGCUUCAACAGUAUGCGGUCAAUGAAAUCGCCAAGUUGGCAUUGGGGAUUAAUGGAAGUCCUAGUGUCGUCGUCAACUCAAUUUGCCCAGGAAUGGUCAAAUCAGACCUUGGACGAGAGUACAAUACUGGCGUGGCGAUGAGCAUCAUCAUAAAUUUGUGGAUGGGUCUUGCUUGCAAAACUACUGAAGGGGGUGCUCGAACUGUUCCAGAUUUACCAUGUCUUAUCGUUCUCAAUUGUGUGCCAGGUUAUGCCCGGGCAUCCUCAAAAGACCGUUAG